AUGGUAAACAACAGAGUGCAUCGGCUGCUGACUGCAAUCAAUAGGAGGAUGAUGAAGCUGCUCAUUGCACUCGCCUUGAUCGCCUAUGUUGCCUCUGUUUGGGGAAACUUUGUCAACAUGAGCAGGUCACUCCAAGAUAAUGGAGAGCAGAAAAUGGACAAGAAAAUAGAAGAGGUGAUUGCACCUUUAAGAGAAAAGAUAAGGGAUUUAGAAAAAAGCUUCACACAAAAAUACCCCUCCUGUGAAAUUCUUAUCCGAAAAAGAUCGAAAGAGAAUAUUGAUAACAGGAGGUGCUGGAUUUGUAGGGUCACAUCUUACAGACAAAUUGAUGAUGGAUGGUCAUGAAGUCACUGUCGUUGACAACUUUUUCACAGGCCGUAAAAGAAAUGUGGAGCACUGGAUCGGUCAUGAGAAUUUUGAGCUGAUUAAUCAUGACGUGGUUGAACCACUUUACAUUGAAGUGGACCAGAUUUACCACUUAGCUUCUCCGGCUUCUCCUCCAAAUUAUAUGUAUAACCCUAUCAAGACACUAAAAACCAACACAAUUGGGACACUUAACAUGUUGGGAUUAGCAAAACGCGUUGGUGCCCGCCUUCUACUGGCUUCUACGUCAGAGGUCUAUGGAGAUCCUGAAGUACAUCCACAAAAUGAAGACUACUGGGGACAUGUCAACCCCAUUGGUCCGCGUGCCUGUUAUGAUGAAGGGAAGAGAGUGGCAGAAACAAUGUGCUACGCUUACAUGAAACAGGAAGGUGUGGAGGUCAGAGUGGCUAGGAUAUUUAAUACAUUUGGCCCCCGGAUGCACAUGAAUGAUGGAAGAGUCGUCAGUAACUUUAUCCUGCAGGCACUUCAGGGAGAGCCUUUAACUGUAUACGGAUCCGGAUCUCAAACCAGAGCUUUUCAGUAUGUCAGUGACUUGGUUAAUGGACUUGUAGCUUUAAUGAACAGUAAUGUCAGCAGCCCUGUUAAUCUGGGGAACCCGGAAGAACACACUAUCCUGGAAUUUGCCAGAUUAAUUAAACACCUUGUUGGUAGUGGAGGGGAAAUCAACUUUCUUUCUGAAGCUCAAGAUGAUCCUCAAAGGCGAAAGCCAGACAUCAGAAAAGCUAAACUUCUGCUUGGUUGGGAACCUGUGGUUCCACUGGAGGAAGGCUUGAACAAAACUAUCCACUACUUUAGGAAGGAACUUGAAUAUCAAGCAAACAAUCAAUAUAUCCCCAAGCCUAAACCUGCAAGGAUAAAGAAAAGCAGAAUGCGACACAGCUGA